AUGGCAGAUGACGAUGGCUUUGAUAUCAUUCCGGACACAGCUCCGGUCAAAUUCGACUCCGCAGAGCACGCAGACAUUCCAGCGGAAUGCCAGCUUCGCCUAACCACAGACCGCAGCCUUGCUGUGAGCUGCAAUUCUCAAGCAGCGAUCCUUGUGAGUGUACCGUGGACUGGCUAUGGUGUAAUCACCCACGCAAUCAACUGGGCCAAGAGUAAUCUUGGCUAUCUAAGUAACUCUAAAGUCGACCUCAACUUCGCUAAGAUCAUCGCACUUGCCGGAGAUUUCUACGUGAACGACGAUGUGACUCAGCCAAUCUCAUAUGGCGCGGACAUGGCAGAGCGCAAAGCCCGUUUCGGAGCAGCUGUGAAGAAUUUGGUGACUGAUUAUUACGGUACUCUGCCUUAUUUGGACAAAUACCUGAGCGAUGAAGGUUACAUGAUCGAAAAGAUCCUUGGGGAUCUGCCCCUCGAGGUUCCUGAUCUAGAUCCAAAUAAGCCGCCUGGGGAAAUCAUCCCACCGAAAAAGCCUGAUGGAACGGACUGGACAGACAAGGAGAGAGAAGAAGCCGAGAAUGCGGCUAUGUACCAGAAAGUUGAGAAUAAAGGCCCAAACCGAAUUGUUCAGAACUACAUCGCCCAAGUCGAUGGAGUUGAUACAAAUGCGAAUACUCUGUGGCAAGUUGGUGUUUUUCAAUAUGGUAACAUCUUGUUGUACAACAUGGACCAUUUCGGUGAUAUGGCGUGGGACGUUUACAGAGCUGGUCAUUCCAUGGCCCUAGACCUCGCGAAACAGGGAUAUGCAUCUCGAAACGCUAACAAGCCAGAAGAGGCCAGUGAUAAAUUGAAGGCUGCAUACGUAUACGACUCCUUUGCACUUCAUUACCUAUCGGAUCAAUUUGCUUCUGGCCAUACCCGGACGCCCCGUAUGGAGCUUAACAGACCUUCGAGGAUGCAGUUCGUACUCGCAAGGGACAAAGUUGGAUUGCAUACGGAGACGCCGAAUACUUUCUCGAGGCAAAUCGUAUCAACCGGCUCAGAAGGUUUGUACAUGUAUCAUGAGACUCCAUUUACUAAUACAUCGAACAGCGUUGAGUGCGUACAGACCUCUAUUAACGAGGUAUACGAGGCUUGGAUGACCGGAAAGGCUCCAGAUGACCCGGAAAAGUUUGCAGCGCUUGAUCAAGUACCAGUGCCGGAUAUUACCCAUGGCAUUGAUGAGAAUCUUGAAUCUUCCGGCAACACCAUGAACCUUUGGGUAGUCUUUAGAAACCCAUACCAUCCUAAUGCCAAGCAAAGAAACAUCGAUGGAUCUUGGGACUAUCUUGAUCUCAAAUCCUUUCUGAAUUAUCAGGAGAUCAAGAACCCUAGAGUAUCAGGCAAACAGAAGUACUCGGAUAAUGGAUACUACUGGGCUCGCCGUCAGGAUCUAGAAGACUGCUGUGGGUCACAGUAUCAAUGGGGAGACCCAGGUCAACAGGGUAUUUAUGCUUCUCAAGACGUGCUUGACGUUGAGAAUUCGAAGUUCAAGAAAGAUGAUCUUACCCGCCCAGAAGGUAGGCCGGUAGAAAUUCUUGCUGGUGGCUUCAUUCAAGUGCAGGAGUACGGUAUUGAUGGCGGCAAAGUCAACUAUGGAGUCAACGUUUGGGGUCCGAUUCAGACGCCUAUAAAUUACAGACCUCUCUCAUUUGACCCUACAUACAAGCCUGUCGCAGACGUAACAAAGCCUGCCGCAGCAGACGGAACGAAAGCUGCCCUCGCACCAGCUGACCCAACCGUCAAUACCUUUGCCAAGCAGAAGGAAAAGCAAGCAGCAGUCCAGCAAGAGGCGGGAAACAAAUACUACACUGACAAUCGCCAAAUGACCUUCACAUUUCGUGGGAGAAGAACUGACUUAAGUCAAGAUCCGGAGACUAUUAAAGACAACAAAACUUUGCGUUGGCAUAGCUGGUGGGAUCCAGCAGGAAGCGGGAAGACCAGUUUAUUGAAGUUUUCUUUUUCGGAAAACAGCCCGGACGCAUCAAAAUCAAAUGCGAUUCUGGUGGAAUCAUGGAGUUUCACAGACUCUGACAAGAAGACUGAUCAACAGUGGACGCAAUGGGAGAAGAUGAAGAACCAGCCACCACUGGAAUUUGGAGGGACAGACAAGAAGAAAUCCGAAUACGACAUCAAACGAACCGUGCUUGUCUCCUCAUUCAAAUCGGAUGAUUGGAAGCUUUAUGGACCGUUGACUCGUUUCUUCAUCUUCCCGUUCCGCCAAGGUAGCGGCUCUAGUAAUCCAGAUCUGAUCACUUGGACAUGGAAGGCGGGUGGCACACCUGGCUCGCUCGUACCUUUCGUAAGCGUAGCAUCGACCGACAAAUUGCUGCUUAAUCCCCAAAUUAAGAUCACGUCAGGGGCAGAGGAUGUGGUCCAACUGAGUGGAAAGUCAUCCACUGUCGCUCCGCCUGCUAGCGGUUUCAUCAAACGCUUCGAAGACGUUAACAACAAGCCGAUGCUUCUGUUCGCGAGUGGCACGGACAAGAUCGAAGGUGGUGCUGGCGUACUUGUCGCCCCUCAGUUGUUUGAACAAGAUGGCAGCAGUGACAAGAUUAAAGUAACCAAGACCGACAAAGUGCAGUUACCCAUGAAGACAUCGCCGACAGAUGACGCUUUUUUCCAAGUGCUCACAGGAGAUACAAGGUACGCUUUCCGCGUCUGGCCUAAGAAGUUAUUGACUUUGUCAUACAGGAGGACCGGGCAUCGCGAGAUGGUGGUGAUGUCGGGUGCAUGGCCCGAGUUUUACCUAUCUGCUUGGGAGCUGACUGCUGAUCGUAAAUGGACUAAUACCAGCGGACCAAGUACUGGCCCUAUUCCAUACAUGAGCAAAUGGAAACUUUUGGCUCCCCCCAAAGCGCCAACAACGCCUGAUGGCGUUCGUCAUCUCUUCUGCGCCCUCAUGCCAAACGAGCCGACACGCAACGGUUCGAAUGUGGUCCUCGUUUCAUCCUACACUGUCAAGAAUCUCAUUCCUCCUGCGAAAAACGCUGGAAAGAACGAUCCACCAAAAUAUAGCUACAUCAACGUCAUCAACUUCCGCACGUUCAUCAAAGACGGCAAGCAAGCGCCGAACCAAAUAGCAGCUCAAUCUCCAGCCAAUAAUCCUCCGUCAAAGCAAGCGCCACCACAAUCAUCGACGGUACCCAGCGAACCUAUGACAGAGACCACAUGGUAUGGCAGCAACACGUCGACUAAGGUGCCGACACGUUUCUUCAUCCCUCCAGAUUCUAUCCAGAAAUCCUUCACCGGCGAAGUGAAAACCAGCGGGUCUGUGAAACCCGGCACCAUUGUGCCGCUCCCGGCCCCUUUCUACGCUCCUUCCUGCCCCAGUCGCUUGUGUCUUUACAAAAGACCAUACGACAAUCGAUACGGCGAUUUCAACGGGCUCAGUGCCAUCGCAGCAUCUCUCUCCGGCCGCAAGCCCAUGCAGCAAGAAGUAGAACUGCGGCCUCGUCCCGGCACGACUGGCGACUGGGAUGUGUGGGACAAGGGGCGCAACGUGAGGGAGACGGAUUCCAGCAGGGACAUUGUGGUGAAAAACCCGUGGUACGAGAACAUCAACACGGAAUUCUAUUACGACACAGUCCUGAAGAAGCCGAUUGCAUUGAUGACAUUCCCCUUGAUCCAGCCCGAUGCCUACGUCUCUGUUGUCACGAACCCGGAUGUCUUGUUCGCUUGGUCUGCUAAUGGUGGAAAACUUCCCGACCCGGCCACAACGCCAACACCUGGUAUUACACCUCCAGGCAUGCCGAAUAUGCCUAUUCAGACAGCUCCCACUGUCACCCCUCCAGCCCCCUCGCAGCCGCGCGACCCAGCAGGCUGGUCCUCCUAUGUCGACUGCGUGGUCAAUGAAGACUUCGAAUAUCUCCAGGAUGACAAGAAGAAGCAUACGACGACUAAGAACAUCCAUUUCAACAGCAUGGGAUGGCGGAUGUGCAAAGUCGGCAGCACGGUGCGCGGAAUUCCCAUGUAUGGCAUCAUGAACGUGACUUCGUUCCAUGGCGUUAUUGGCUGUAGGGUCUAUGCGCCAGCGGAGCCGGGGAGGUAUGAGAAUUGGGUCUGUAGGGGGCUGAACCCUUAUUUGGGACAGACUUCAUUGGGUAAGUGCUCUGUCCCCUGUUCGAUGUGGGCGAUGUUAGGGUUGGUAGAGGACUAUACUUUUGUCAACGGUGACUGA